ACUGAAAUAAUGUUGUCAAUGGAAAGUUUAUCAUUAAUUAUUUGUAUUCUAAUAUUUAUUUGUCUUUGUUUAUUUUUAUUUAUUUUACAUCAAAGAACAACAAAUUCUAAACAACCUUAUUCAUAUACUGAAAAUUUACGUCACACAUAUUUUAAUUCAUCUAUUAUGAAAUGUAUAACAUUAUGUAAUAAACUAUGUUAUUCUAUUAAAACAACACAUCAACAUGAUUUUGAAGCAAAUAAUAUCAACAAUAAUAUAGAUCAUACAUGCAAUGUUAAUAAAUUAAUCAAUCCAGUAAAUGUUCAUAUCUCUUCUUCAACUAUACUUGAUCCAGAUCAACAAACUAAUAGUUUAACAUAUGAACCAAAUAAAUGUAUUGAAAAUUAUAAAAUAUUUCAUAAUCCUAUUUAUUAUAAUAAUAAUGUUAAUGUUAAUGGAAAAUAUUCACAAUCAUCAAUGACAAUUGAUCAUGAUCCUAUAAAAAAUCUCUUAUUCAAAUCGAAUUCAAAUCUAAACUCGAAGAAUUAUUUUAUACAUAAAACAUCUGAUUCAUCAUUAAGUUGUAGUUAUUUAAAUGAUAUUACAAAUCCAUUUGAUAUUACUGAUAAUAAUUCAAGUAAUUUAAAUAGUUUAUUAGAUAAAAUAUCUCAGCAUAAAAUACAUUUUAAUAAUAAUAAUUCACGUAGAUUAGAAUGUAAAAAUUCACGAACUAAAAUGUUAGCAAUGAAAUAUAAAAAUUAUUUAUAUAGAAUAAAACAAUCAUCUAAAUAUAAUGAAUUACAUUCAAGAUUACAUGGAGUAUCUAAUAUAAAAACAAUUGAAUGUGUUCAACAGCAAGAGAUGGCUUUCUUAAACAGUGAAUCCCCUUGGGUGAAGGCAAAUAAUACAACACACUGUAGUUCAAGCAUUACAGGCCAAAGUAACCAAUCUAGUUGUUCGAGUAAUGAGGAUGAAAUUUUACUGUCUAUCUGUCCAAAAGCACGUGAUCCAACUAACAUUCUGGCCGAUAUACAUGUUCCAUUGAAUAAAAUUAUCUUCAACAAUGUGGUUCUGCAAGGAACAUUUAGUCAACUGUAUGAAGGAAAACUCUUGGUAUCAUUUCGAAGACAUGGUAUUUGUACAAGUAAAUGGAAGCAAGUAUUAAUCAAAACACUAACUGAAAAAGCCACAGCAGAACAAGUAAGACUUUUUAAAAGUGAUGCAUGUAAAUUUGUUGGGGCAAAACAUUCACAUAUAUCGUCCAUUAUUGCAGCUUCGAGUACGUCAGUUUGUGUAAGUUCCCUAUCUAAUCAACAAAUAAUCAAUCAACCGAUUCUUAUUUAUUCAAACGCCAAAUAUGGAAAUUUAAAAUUGUUCUUGCAAAGGCGAUCAAAUGGGAACAUGAGACCAAAUAUGAUACUUACAGCAGCUCAACUUAUCAACAUGGCGUUACAAAUUCUUAGUGCAGCAGAUUAUUUGCACAGUAUAAAUGUGAUUCAUGAAGAUAUUGCAACACGAAAUUGUCUGUAGGUAUAUUAAUUUUAUCACUGAAUUCAUGAAAGUCUUUGGAAUAGUUUCAGUAAAAGUUGGUUAUUUGUAGACGAUUAUCAAGAAGUUUUCAACAUAGGUUUCAUGUAAGCCAAAGAUCCCUUGGAAUGAUAACUUGUACUGUUGAAUUAAGCACUGUUUCUUCGAUGACUGAAAUCCGUGUCAUUCAUUUUGAUAGCCUGUGGCUCUACGCUUGAGCUAUUUGGUUUGUAACUGACAUUUUGUGGGAGCUUGUGGUCGAUUGCAAGUACUUUAUUAUCACAGAUGGUGUUAAUAACCCAAGUGACUUAACUGCAAGGUCAGUGCUUAUACUGCGUAGAGUUACCUAUUCAAAUCAGAAGAAUAUCUUUAUUCACAGGUUUUCUGACACAUUCAGACGUGUCAGCUGGCACGAAGUCUAAGUUAAGAGUUCUAUGCAGAUUACUUUCAAUCGUUUAACAUCUAAAUAAAUAGAUGCAGUCAUCUUCAUUUUUCGGAGCAGUUCACUCAGCAUUUAUAAUAAAUCUACAUGAUAUAAGAUACCACUACAAAACUGAAUCGCAUAUUUGAAUCAAACUUCAGGGUAUAAGAUGAAUGUAUUGUACUGCGUUGAAACACGUCACAUACAAGCUUACAAUAGGACUAAAAGUGUUCACUCAGAACUAAUAUGAUUGCCACUGAUUAUUUUUUCCUAAUCUGCAUUUAAAAUCCCACAGAUGAACAGAAGUUAACAAGGCAAUAAAUUUUACAUUGCUUAGGUGUAAAAAAACAUGAGGAUUUUAAAAUGGUUCAGCUUUUCCAAGUCAAAUGAUAUAGAUCCUUAGGGUUGUCAUAAAAUUUCAACUGAUGUUUCAAGCUAAUUUACAAUUAUUAAAUUCACUCAAGAGGCAAAUUUUUAAGGUUUGAAAUUUGUUGACGGAUAGUGAAUUUCAGAAUAUUCAUAAAAAUAAAGCUUGAAGGGGCUAAAAAUAAAAAAAACAUGGUUAAUUUGAUAGUUUUACUGAAAGCAGUCAGUAACAAGGACGGAAGACAAUGUUUCGUUUAAGUUAUAACUAUUCAAAUUUCCCUUUCUCUAGCUAACUUCAUUUCUAAUGAUUACAAUCUUUUCUUUUACAAGAUUAAAAUGUAGAACACGUGUAGCUCUUAGUGACUCGGCACUCAGUAGAGAUCUAUUUCCUGAAGAUUACCAUUGCUUAGGUGAUAAUACAAAUCGCCCAGUGAAGUGGUUAGCAUUGGAAGCGUUGAUCGAAAGAAAAUAUACUAUGGCAACAGACGUUUGGUCUGUUGGAAUAACGUUAUGGGAGCUUAUUACUAGAGGUCAGCAACCUUAUGCCAGUAUAGAUGCAUUUGAAAUGACAGCUGUACUACGAACCGGAUACAGGCUGAAAAAACCUCAUAACUGUCCAGAUGACUUAUGGAAAAUUAUAUUUGCAUGCUGGAAAACAAAUCCUUCUGCUCGACCAACAAUUCGUCAACUUAUUGCCAAAUUAAAAGCAUUUAAAGUUGCAGUAACCAAUUAUAUUUAAUUUAAAAUAAAUAUUAAAAACAAAAAAUCUAGAUAAUAUUUUUAUUAAACAAGAGAACAUAAUAAUUCAUAUUAUAUUUAGUAUUUCUAAAUAUAGAUGUAUGUAAGCAUAGAAUUUAUUUGUAUCCAGGUUAAAUCUCUUGUUGGAUAAUAAAUAUUCAAAGUAUUAAUCAAACAAAAAUGAUAUCUAUCAUGUUUUUUGAUGAUUAGAAAUGAUGAUAAAAUUUAUAUGCAAACGAUAGUUUUAUAUUAGUAGUAUUGUGGUGUGCUACUUAUAUUG